AUGGAUAGCAUGAGUGAGGCAUUUGAUCAAAUGCAAAUGGUCAAGGAUGUUCUAGCCAACAGUGAUAAAGUUUCAGAGGUCCUACAAGAGUCUACUCAUCAGUUCAACCUGCUUACUUCACCCACCUUCCUACCAAAGGUCAAGGAUCAAGGGAAAUUCACUCUCCCUUGCACACUUGGGCAUCUUGAGAUUGACAAUGCCUUAGUGGAUUCUGGAGCAAGCAUCAAUCUGAUCUCUCUCUCCAUGGCAGAGAAGCUAGGCAUAGCUGGAGCCUUGCAGCGCCCUACUACUUCAAUCAUCUUUGGAGAUGCAACUACUAAGUCUCCUCUUGGAGUGUUCAAGAACUAUCACUUGAAAAUUGGAGAAUGCAUCAUCCAAACUGAUCUCACUGUGAUGGAAAUGGAAGAAGAGAAGGAUUUGCCUUUUAUUGGGAACCCCUUUCCUUAUACCAAUCUCAGUUCUAAGAGUCAUGGAGCUACAAAGGUUGUGAAGGAAAGGGUUGACAAGGAACCAAGAGUUGGGAAGGAUAAGGAUGAGAGAGGACCAAGGAUUGAGAAGCCACGUCUUGAGAGGGCUAGAGUUGAGAAACCACGAUCUGAUAGGCCAAGAGCUGAGCGACUUGUUCAAGCCCCUUGUGUGCUUGAUGAAGAGAGCCUUCAAGCUUUGUUUGAUGAGCCACUAGGAAGGGCUCUAAAGAAGGGGAGGAUGCAGCCUCUAAGGCAAGACCAGGAGAUAAAAGAAAGGAUCCACCAGCUCAGGCCCCUUCAGUCAAGCCAUCUCAGCUCACAAUGA